AUGGUUGACAAAUUCAAGGAGUUUCAGGCUUCACAAGAGUUUGACAAAGAAGCCCUGAUAGAAGCACAUGAGAAAACUUAUAAGGGGAUGCGGCAGAUAGAAUCAAUGCGAGGGUGUAACAUAACGGGGUUUACGAUGAGGAAACCGUCGGAGCAUUGGCGGCCUUCAGUCCCACUGAAAGGGCUGCUGCCCAUUCGAGCUAGGGAGCUUCAAAUUGAUAAGGACCAUCAAGGUCGUGUUCUCUUCGGAACGCUGUGUACUGAUGCGCAUAGGAUGCUGGGCAUUAUGACUAUCCUGGAAGACCAGUAUGGAGAUGCUGUUCGACUUGCAAUAUACAAUAUUUCCCCUUCCACAAUGGAAACGGAAAGUCCCCGCAAGCUUUAUCCCAAAGGCUCCAAGGUUGCAGUCAAACAGCCUUACUUCAAGCAAGGCGCCCAAGAUGGUGCGCUCAUGCUGCGCGUUGACAAUCCUAAUGAUGUUGAGAUUUUGGCUUGCUUACCAGGAAAGGCAGAAAAUUCUUUGGCCAAGGACUUGCUUGAAUUGCGCAGUGAAGGCAACAAAUACUUCAAGGAUGAGGAUUGGAACAAGGCAAUUGACAAUUAUUCCAGAUGCAUAGACUUGGCUCUCUCGCGGGACAAAAUUGAGCCCCAAGUCCCCUCUGCUUCCAACAUCCAGGAGAAAGUGAAGGAGGCUCUUGUGUAUUCUUAUUCUAAUAGGGCAGAGGCAAAGUUGAAGUUGAAGGAGUAUGCGGAUGCUGUGCAAGACUGUGACAAGGCAUUAGCCCUUGAUCAGUACCACCUUAAAUCCUUGUUUCGCAAAGGCCGUACUUUUCACUAUCUCAGAGAAUAUAAGUUAGCUUGCCAAUGCUUUGAUAGAGCUCUGGAGCAGGCCCCAACUGCAAAUGACAUCCAGUUGCACUAUGAAAAAUCUAUGGAACUCAGCUGUCAAAACAAACAAGGUAAGUUUGAUCUCUCCGGCUAUUUCAUAAACGGUUGUAAUGCACCUGAGUUGAGCAAUUAUAUUGGUCCAGUCCUGAUUAAAAAAUCAGUAGGGCGCGGCAGAGGAUUGUUUGCUACUGACAAUGUAGAUAUUGGAGAUUUUCUGCUUGUGGACAAUGCCAUUGCAUCUAGCAGUACCGAGAUAAGAAGAUUGAAAGGAAGCCCUAAAAGAGUCAUACCAUGUAUAAUAGAAGUGCAGACAAAACUUGGUCAACUUAAACAGGAAUUAGAGGCUAAAAUCAUUUCCUGUGCAGCGUCAUCUCCGAGGAUAUUGCAGCAGCUAGAGUACCUUGCUGAUUCAGAUGAAUUGAAGGUGCCACCCAUAAAUCUGUUCAGGAUAAAUAAUGCCAGCUGGAAUACCUGUGAUGUUCCCAAUAAAGGUUGGGAGCUAGACCAGCAUCAACUUGCAAAGAUAAUGCGAAAUGUGGGGUGUCAAAUACAAACUAUUGAAUCAAGUAGUGACAUGUUAAGACAAAAUGAGAAAUAUGGUUUGUGGGUACUUCCCUCUUUCAUUAAUCAUUCCUGUUUUCCCAACGCCAAUUGCGUUGUUGUGGGAGAAGCCAUGUUUAUUAUAGCUACAAGAAAAAUUGCAGCUGGAGAAGAAAUAGCAAUCUCUUACUUUGACAGUCUUAAGCCAUUGUCCAAACGAGAAUCAGUAUGUAGGAUAAUGGGAUUUAAGUGUGAUUGUAAGCGGUGCUUGUUAGAAAGGCCCUUAGCAUCGCCAUUGCAGGAAAUCGCUGAGCUCGUUAACCACAUCAACUCCAUCACGCUCACUGAUUUUGAUUUAUGGAAAAUUGCUAAGCGAGUGGAAAGGACAAUAGAUUUCCUGACCACUGAAGAAAAGCAGAUGAUAAGAGCAUCUUUUUUCCAGCUCUACUACAAUAUUUUUGGGUUACAGCGAAUUGAUCCUUAUGCCAGAACAACUUUGCCCUCGCUGAGAGAAGUAUUCGAUGGCUUCCAAGAGGUUGUUCCAGGGAAUUGUAUUUUGUUUGAGUUUUACGCCAGGUUUCCUGUUUAUGCCAAGAACGAAGAUGAAACAGACAGACCUCUUUUUCAAAAGGCAGUGGAAAUAUGCACAACAUAUAUGGGAAAGCACGAAGAGGGCCUUCUAAAAGCUGUAUUGAAAUCCGUUGCAACAGACGUCUUCAAACCGGGACUUACUGUGUUCGGCAUAUUGGAGGUUAACAGUUAA